AUGCCAGAUAAGCGUUCGGGACUUGCAAUGGGAUACCAGGACGACGGCAUCCAAUGUUAUUCGACCAGCCUGUGUCAAGAGUACGACAGAAUGGGUGAAGUAUAUUACUAUCCAGGCGAUCAAUUGUUGCUGGAAUAUGAUAACAUCCACGGAUAUUUAAGUGCACCCCAUGAAAAUUCCACGACUACUGUCUCGACCUUUCGUCAUUACUGGAUCUGUUAUAACUCCCGAGUUUCACGCUUGGCUCGCAAGAAUGUGAAAGGACAAGCCUGGAUGGAAAGCAGGGAUGAAAUUGAUUCCGUGUCGCCAAUCCAACAUCGUACAUGGGGCCUUGGAAAGACCGUGUACUGGGUUUCGAAAUACACUAUGCCACCGCUCCGAGCCCUACCGUUCACAAUCAAUCAAACGUUACCUUUCGAUUUUCUUCGGAGGAAUUGGAAUGACGACAUCAAAGCAAUGAAUGGAGAAAGUGGACAAGCUGUUGGAAAGAUGAUAGAGGGUCACUCAACUGAAGAGGGCAUAACAAUAUGGACACUCACUCCCAAAACCAAGGGUGAUGGUAAUCCACCCACCAUCCCGGUGAGCGCCAAAUUCUCUUCUCCAGGAUACGCACUUAGCGUUGCGUUGAACAGUGAUCAUCUGAAUCUGAAUCUUUCCACACUACAAGCAACUGUAGGCGGCGCCGUGGACUCGGACGGAAUAUUCUCAGAUGGUCCAACCACUUGGCCACGAACGACUGCAAAUGGGAAGACGGAGAGAUUGCUGGAUGAAUGUAGGGAAGUUCAAGAACAUGAACGUCGGGGUGUCAAGUAUCUCGCCUGGACGAAGAUGGCUGAAAACGACGGUGGUCAGAUGUUUAAGGUCGUCGAGAGUAAUGGGAAAACCGAACAACUGGCAAUAGCCAUUUGCAGCUGGAAGAGGUCUUGCGAGAGCGAACUGAGGUUUACCCUUUUUGCGUUCAGCAGGCACCCACCGCUCCGAGCUGGACUCUUCUUUAGAGGGCAUAUUUUGCAGCGACUGAGCAAGUCAAAUAACUUGUCUUACUCUGUAGGACUCAAAUUGGCUUCGUUUGUCGUUUGGACAGGUAUAAGUAAACACACGGAGGGAAAGAGGAAAAAUCAUAGAGCAAUCGACAUUCAACAGAAUGACCUCAUGAUUGACCCGACGAGGAAGAAUGGCGAGUAA